GGCUGUCUGACUGGCGCGUGGUCAUGCAAAAGCAAAGAUGUCCUCUCAGACUAACGUUAUGUCAAAAUAUCCCAGCCAUCCCAACAAAUUCCUGAGGAGUCAGAGGUUCCCAUGGAAGGUGUCCGCUCAGGUUUCCAACUAGGGGUCCCAGGUAAAUUUAGUAAGACGGCGUUGGCUUGCACUUGACAGUCAGACCGCUCGCCGUGCUCGGAGAGUGAAGACGUGUUCUAGAAAGAGCUUUUAGGCCUGUGGAGUUUCUGCAGCAUAAUACCCAAUCCGCUUUGGGGACAUUCCACCCUUCUGCUUUUGAGAUCUGACACAUGUUAUCCGUGGAUGAAGAGGAGCUAGAUGAGGCCGUUCAGCAGUACCCUACCGACACCACCUGGAGCUGGACCCGUCAGACCAUGAACUACGUGGGCCAGCUUGCGGGCCAGGUGUUCGUCCAGGUCAAAGAGCUGUACCGGGGACUCAACCCUGCAACGCUAUCCGGCUGCAUCGACGUCAUCGUGGUGAGACAGCCUGAUGGCUCCCUGCACUGCUCGCCCUUCCACGUUCGCUUUGGCAAAAUGGGCGUCCUCCGGUCCCGGGAGAAAGUGGUGGACAUAGAAAUCAAUGGGGAGCCAGUGGAUCUGCACAUGAAGCUCGGCGACAACGGAGAGGCGUUCUUUGUGCAAGAACUAACAAAUGAUCAGGAAGUGGUUCCCUCCUAUCUGGCUACCUCUCCCAUCUUGUCAGAUGCUGCCUUUUCAAUGAGCUCGCCCCUGAUGGGGAAGAGCUCGGGGCCUCCUAUACAGACCCUGGGCCCCCUGGGGAGCAACGGCGAGGGCAGCGGGGCGAUAACGAAGAAGCGGAGGAAAAGGAGGAGGAAGAGUCGGGCAGACAGCACAAGGAGGGAGGAGAGUGGAGACUACUCAGCAGACGAAGACAUGUUUUCGAUAGACAUCAGUUCCAACGACGAGGCAGAGAUGGAGAGCAGCAGGCCGUUAUCGAGGGAUGUCUUACAAGAGGAAACAACAGCCGGUCCAGGCAUCUGUUCUUUCAAACAGGCUGGGAUCUACACUCGUUCAGAUGGAGACUGGAGCCCCAUCCAUAGCCGCGACAACUCUCGCCCCACUUCUCCAAAGAGCGACUCGGAGCUGAUGGCCGGUCUUUCAGACGCGGACAGUCAGAAUCCAGCGAUGCACUGGGCGUGGGGGGAGCUGCCCCAGGCUGCUACGCCUUCGUUUCUCCCACCGAAAGCCACCGCACCACGUGUGAGUCCCGUAUCCAUCCCCGUGUCUGAAAGUACGCAUUUCCGAGCAAUCCCUCACCAGACGCCGUCAGACCAACAUGCACCGUGCUCUAAAAUACGAGCCCCCCCUCUGCUGAUCGAGCCGGGGACCGAAGGCAUAAAGGAAACAGCGGUCACAGUCGGGAUGGAGCUAGAAUCCAUGAGGGCGGAGGCUCAGACGCUAAAUUCAGAGGCACAGGUUACGGCGGCAGGAGACACGGCAAUGCAGAGGGGGACUGAAAUGGAGGAAGCAGGGGCUUGUACGCCCAGCAAAACAGACUCUCCAUCAAAGAAAAAAGACAAAAGGAGCCGCCAUCUUGGUGCUGAUGGAAUUUACUUGGACGACAUUACAGAGCUGGAGCCUGAAGUGGCCGCCCUAUAUUUUCCUAAGAGCGAGAGCGCUUCAGCCAUGAGAAGCAUCUCCGACCCGGGGCUCCACAGCACCAGCUUGUCCCCACAGUCGAUGAGCUCGGGGGCAGACAGCGGUGUGGAUAGCUACUGUGACCCCAUGUCUGACCUGCCAUCAAUCGCCAUCUCUCUGUGUGGGGGGCUCACUGACAACAAGGAGAUUACUAAAGAGCAAUUCUAUGAUAAAAUCGUCUCCUACCAGCAGUUUGCAGAAAACCCCUCCAUCAUAGACGACCCGAACUUGGUUGUUAAAAUUGGCACAAAGUACUACAACUGGACCACCGCGGCUCCACUUGUGCUCGCCAUGCAAGCCUUUCAGAAACCUCUGCCGAAGACCACGGUGGAGAACAUCAUGAAGGAGAAGAUGCCCAAGAAAGGAGGGAGGUGGUGGUUCUCCUGGAGGGGCAGAAAUAACAACACGCAAUCGCAAUCACUCUCUGAAUGUGGGGCGUGUGGUACCGAUGAGCAGGCUAGCAGGCUUAAAGAAGAGUCAUCAUCUAGCGAUGAAGAUCACGUUGCAGCCAUACAAAGUUCCCCCAUCGUCCAAUCAGAGCCUGGGAUCUCCUCAGGGGGCGUGUCUUAUAAGAAAACUCUCCGCCUCACAUCUGAGCAGCUGCUGUCCCUUCAGUUGCAGGACGGUCCUAAUGACGCCGUGUUUAGCGUGACCACCCAGUACCAGGGAACCUGCCGCUGUCAGGGAACCAUCUACCUCUGGAACUGGGACGACAAGAUAAUCAUCUCUGACAUAGAUGGCACCAUUACCAGGUCAGACACGUUGGGUCACAUCCUGCCCACACUGGGCAAAGACUGGACUCACCAGGGAAUUGCACAACUCUACCACAAAGUCAGCCAAAACGGCUACAAGUUCCUAUAUUGUUCAGCUCGAGCCAUCGGCAUGGCAGAUAUGACCAGAGGCUACCUCAACUGGGUCAACGAGAGAGGCACCAUGCUUCCCAUGGGCCCCGUCCUUCUCAGCCCGAGCAGCCUUUUCUCAGCGCUUCAUAGGGAGGUGAUUGAGAAGAAACCUGAGAAGUUCAAGGUGGAGUGUCUCACAGAUAUCAGAAACCUCUUUUACCCAAACACAGAGCCGUUCUACGCAGCAUUUGGCAACAGACCCACGGAUGUGUAUUCUUAUAAGGAAGUAGGAGUGCCACUAAACCGGAUUUUUACAGUAAACCCUAAAGGAGAGCUAGUGCAGGAACAUGCUAAGACCAACAUCUCCUCCUAUGCUCGUCUUGGCGAGGUGGUAGACCACGUGUUCCCCCUGAAGACCAGGUCCUGCACCUCAGACUUCCCCUGCUCGGACACCUUCAGCCACUUCACAUACUGGAGGCAGCAGCUCCCCCCGGUGGAGCAGGAGGAAACUACAUCUGAGGAGACUCCUGCCUCCAGCAGCUGAUUUCCACCUGAGCUUCACCCGAGGAGAGACAGUUACUUGUGAUGUAAAUCCUUGUAGAAGAUCAAAUAUUUUUAUGCACUUUCAUCAAAACAACCAAGAAGUACAGUCUUCUAUUUAGUCUUAAAGGGAAAAAAAGGCACAUUUUUAUCAAAGGACUGAAUGUAUAUAUUUAGAUUGAAUUAUUGGUAUGUAUUCAGGCAGCUUAGCAGAGCUAUUGUUUCGGAGGUCAGAAUUUUCUAUUUAUUUUGAUGUUUGCGCUGUAUGAGCUCACAAUCCAGCUGUGCAAGGUACUCAAACAUGUGCCAAAGUUUGACUGUGAUUUCAGGUGCUGUUUGUUGGAAAGUUGCUUUGUAAAAAAACACAUUUCUGACAAAGACAUAACAAAGAAAAAAGUUUUGUCUAGCUUUAUUUGCAAAUGUGCAGAACAGGAAAGCACAACACUAGUAGCUGUAGCCAUUAGCUCCCUCUGAUGUUUUAUCUGUGAGAUGAUGUGUCGAAUAAUGUUUAUUUUUCUAUCCAAACCAGCGUGCAUUUUUAUAUUAGAGUUGAGACCAGAAUAAGCUUGUUCCGUCCAGUUUUACCACUGUCAUAGACUACUGGACUGAUUCAGUUUAAAAAAAAAAAAAAAGAAACAAGAGAGGAAAAAAAAACAUCUUUCCGGUUGCGUGGCUUUUUGCGGCAGCUUCUGAAAACAUAGCUGGCCACAGUUUGGACAGGAAUGUCUGAGUGUUUUUCUGUGCUGGGAUCUUUAUACCUGACAACAUCGCCCGAGUGUGAGGUUGGACAGGAGCUCUGUAAUAAAUGCUGUUAUUUUGUUUCAAUGAAAGAGCUCAAACAGAUUGACAUUCUUUUUAAUAACUGCCUCAACUGUGAAAGGCUCCCCUGCUGGCCUCCACUGACCGGUUUAUAGUCAAAGGGGUCUCCUUAAACACAUUAAAUUAUAUUGGUACUGCA